CUCCACUUUUCUCUACUCUCGGAGACCAAGAAUAGGGAAUUUUUCUUCCCGAGAUUGAAAAAAUAACCAUCUUUUUUUAAUUUUUUUUGUUUUUUCAGUGAAGACAUAUCCCUACCAUGGCGGCGGCGAUUUCUACACCGAUGGUUCAGCCCAGUGGCCCUCCGGCGCCGGUGUCGGUUGCGGCGGCGGCAUUGUCCGGGGGACAGUUCUCAAAUAUGUCACUGUACGUUGGUGAUCUAGACCCGAAUGUGAAUGAGGGGCAGCUCUAUGAUCUGUUCAACCAAGUUGCGACUGUCGUCUCCAUCAGGGUUUGCAGGGAUCAGACCAGGCGAUCCUCUCUCGGUUACGCCUAUGUCAACUACGGCACCGCUCAGGAUGCGUCUAAUGCCAUGGAACUUCUCAAUUUUACCCCACUUAAUGGGAAACCCAUUCGUAUCAUGUUCUCUCAUAGAGAUCCUAGCAUUCGGAAAAGUGGAUAUGCUAAUGUGUUCAUUAAAAACCUGGACACAUCAAUAGAUAACAAGGCAUUGCAUGACACUUUUGCUACCUUUGGAACUGUACUUUCCUGCAAGGUAGCUGUUGACAGCUCUGGCCAGUCAAAAGGGUAUGGUUUUGUGCAAUUUGACAAUGAAGAAUCUGCACAAAAUGCUAUCAAACAGUUGAAUGGUAUGUUGCUAAAUGAUAAACAAGUCUAUGUUGGACUCUUUGUUCGGCGUCAGGAAAGGGCUCGUGCAAAUGGAUCACCGAAGUUCACUAAUGUAUAUGUCAAAAAUUUUUCUGAGACAUAUUCUGAUGAGGACCUUAAACAGCUUUUCAGGCCAUAUGGUACGAUAACUAGUGCAGUUAUCAUGAAAGAUGCUAAUGGGAAGUCUCGAUGUUUUGGCUUUGUUAAUUUCCAAAACCCAGAAUCAGCAGCUGCUGCGGUUGAGAGAUUAAAUGGAAGCAUUAUCAAUGAUGACAAGGUAUUGUAUGUAGGAAGAGCUCAGAAGAAAGCAGAACGUGAGGCAGAGUUGAAGGUCAAAUUUGAGCAGGAAAGAAUUAGUAGAUAUGAGAAAUUACAAGGUGCUAAUCUCUACUUGAAAAAUCUCGAUGACAGCAUCAAUGAUGACAAACUAAAGGAGCUAUUUUCUGAGUUCGGAACUAUUACAUCAUAUAAGGUUAUGCUUGAUUCACAUGGACAUAGCAAGGGUUCUGGUUUUGUUGCUUUUUCUACCCCUGAGGAAGCAAGUAAAGCUUUAAAUGAAAUGAACGGGAAAAUGGUAGGUCGAAAACCUCUUUAUGUUGCUGUGGCCCAGCGGAAAGAAGAGAGAAAGGCCCUGCAGGCUCAUUUUGCUCAAAUCCGUGCACCUGGUAGAAUCACCCCUCUACCUGCCGGAAUUCCUGGAUAUCAUCCUGGAACACCUAGGCUUGCCCCUCAGCAGUUGUACUACGGUCAGGGAACACAUGGGCUUAUACCACCUCAGCCAGCUGGAUUUGGUUUCCAGCAACAACUCUUGCCCGGAAUGCGUCCUGGUGUUGCUCCAAAUUUCAUUAUGCCAUACCAGCUUCAGAGACAGGUUCAGCCUGGGCAAAGGAUGGGUGUUCGACGGGGUGGAAAUUUCCAACAUGUGCAUCAAAACCAGAUGGUGCAUCGGAACUCCAAUCAAGGGUUUAGAUAUAUGGGCAACACUCGAAAUGGCAUGGACUCAUCUGUUGUUCCCCAAGGUCUAGUGAGUCCAAUGAUGCCAUUGCCCUUUGAUGGUUCUGGGGUUACUUCAGCUCCCAUUGACAAUCUACGACCUGGUGCACUUUCUACGACACUUGCCUCAGCUUUGGCCUCAGCUACACCCGAAAAUCAGCGCAUGAUGUUAGGUGAACAUCUAUAUCCCCUUGUAGAUCGUCUUGCACCAAAUCAUACAGCAAAAGUGACAGGGAUGUUGCUGGAAAUGGACCAAUCUGAGGUUAUCCAUCUCAUUGAAUCUCCUGAAGACUUGAAAAUAAAGGUUUCCGAGGCAAUGCAAGUCCUGCAUGAAGCUGCAUCAGGCACUGAAGUUGAACAGCUUGGCUCAUUGUCACUAAAUGAAUGAAACAAUUUUGAUUGUAGAGUUAACUACAUCGCAUGCAUGAGCUAUUUUUUGGGCAAUGAUCUAUCAUUGUUUCUGAGAGCUAUUUGCAGCACCAAAUUCUUUGUAAUUUUUCUUUUUUGGUUUAAAUUUUAAUUUUUUGGGCAGGAUUCAUUGAGUUACUCUGGAGGGAUCAAGGAUCUAGAUAUGUUGGUCUUAGCAAUUACCUGUUUGAAUUUUGACCAUUUUAUCAUUGGAUUUCAUUUAGGAUUUUCGAAUUCGCAGUUGAGGAUGGGUCAGUAGACUGCCAAUAAUUUUAUUCCUAUUUUAUUUAAAUUGGAUUUUUCUCAUUA